AAGAGGAAUCCUCUCAAGGUGAAUCUGAAUAAGGCGAAAUCAGUCAGCAAAGUUAGUCAGCUGAACAGUAGUCAACUCAAUUGAAUCCGUAGCAAGCGCGAAGCACUCCCCCUACAUUGUCCUGAGAAUGGUUUCAUGGAUCUAGUAACACAUGACUUGCAAACCAAACACACCACUAUACGCACUAGUUGAGAUAUUCACUCAAACUCGCCUAUAAAUACUUGAUAAAGUGAAUAUUUGAAGUAAGCAAUCGACCUAUCUACACCGACUACAACUCAAACUAUUGCUGAUUUAAACAUCAGAGUAUCUUUUGCAGGUACCCCCUCCACUUGAUUUUUCAAACACCGAUCCAAGUUCCGAAGGCGUACAGUCAAUUUUUUGGCCCUAAAAGAUUUUGCUCUCACUUUAGUUAGAAGAAGUAGGUGAGGAGAUUUUCUAUUAAAUUUCCGCACCAACACCCUUGUUACGACCCAUGGAUCGAAUUCUAGGAUUUCAAUUCUCAUUCUUUCUUUCAACUUCAAGCUUUUUCACCGGUCUACGAUUUUCGAGAUCAAGAAAUGACAAGAAUGGAUCUUCCGCAAGAAAUCGACGAUUCCAUCAAAGAGAUAAUUGACCACAUCCUGGGCCUCCCUGUGUCCACACAAACUCUCAAAUUGAAGCUCCAGUUCUUAGAAGUGGCAAAGCAACGGAUGCACGACCAGUACUCGCUUCUACUUGCCAAAUUGAAAGAGAAGGAUCAAGCACUGGGGUGCUUUAAGGUCGAGGCAUGUAUGAACGCUCAGGCUUUGAGGAAGUUCAUGGAGGAGAAUCAGAUACUAGAGUGUGCUUAUUUAGUGAGUCAGUGUAACAAGUUGGAGAAUGAGUGCUUGCUCUACGAUCAUAAUAGAGAGGCUUUGAUGGAUUUUAGGUACAACGCUAAUCAGAGGGCCAAGGAGGAUGAGUUUCGAGUUUAGGAGUUGGGGGACGAACUUGGAGAACUGAGAGAAUAAUUGAAGUUCUACAAAAACGAAUACGAGAAGCUGUCAGUCUAUCGGUAAUUCUUCCUAACUAUCUUUACAAACAUGAUCCGAACGAACUAAAAACAAGCCAAGCCAAAUACACCAAAACUAAAAACCACUUUGGCAACCCAAUGAUAAGAAUACUCUAAGAAGAACGUGCGUCAUGCGCGCACCCAAAUCUCACCUUCAAUCGUUCUUCCUUCCUCGUUCGGCGGCCCUCUGAGUUAGCGUUGGCCUUUGGCCUAUUCAUCGUACUGCGGGGGCGGCCGGGCAGGGCCUCUUCACCAUUGGUGUCAUGGGUCCUUGAUGGACAACGAUCGAUUCUUAAGAAUAAACCAAGUCGGGAUGGCGGUGGCCAUGAGGUUAACAACGCUAAUUUUCUCUUGUCUGAGAUAGUGAGGAUUUGCGGAGAGUCAGGAUGGAGGGUUAAAGGAUGGUGGGAGGGGCUGCGUGUCCUUGGAUGGGAACGAGAUCUCAGAUUUCUUCUUUGUGCGCCCUUGGAUCUGUGUGCAGAUCGGAGUAGGGUGCUUUGGUGGAAGAAGUUUGAUGGUGACAGAUCAAGCUCUUAUGACCGGCCUGGAUUUGAGCGUGACCUGUUGGUGGGCAGGCAGUCGAUGGUGGACGGUGGCAAAUGUGACAGCGGUGUGGUAGCGGCAAGAACUCAGGUGAAGAAGUGGCGUUAGGCGCCUUACAACAAUCUACUUGGACUUGGGCUUGCUAGUGAUUGGGCCUGGGCUUGGGCCCUUGAUCCAUAUUAUUUGGUUUCAUUUAUUUAUUGUUGUUUACUUUUAAUUAAAUGUGGGUAAAAACUCCCUCCAAUUUUUUGGUAGGGCAAUGUGGGCUUUGUCCCGGUUUGCACACUCAAUAUGUCUUGUCUGGCCUAGCGAGGCGGCGAGCUAUUUGCUUGAUCAAAUGGACGCAACCUUCUAGUGACAGAAUGAAAUUAAGUGUCGCAGGAUUUAUUUCCGUGCGGCAACAUAGUGGAAAAGUUGUGUUAUUUGAAAUUAUACUUCUUUGUGAUAGAGUUAUCUUU